AUGACAAAAUUAAUGGGAAUUCUUUUGGGUGUUUCAUUUCAAACUGAACUCUUGAUAAUGACGCUUCUAGGUUUGGCCAACUCCACCUUGGAUUGGAAGCCUUUUGAACUUAUUCCUCGACUGAAUCUCAUCAAGGAGUUGAACUUUUCGGACGAGAAUGCUCAAUUCACUAAUACAUUCAGCGAGAGAAUUAGAAAUCUGCUCACUGUGACCGUGGUAGUGGAAUUCUUUUGCGGAUUGCUCAAUCCAUUAACGCAUCUACUUAAAUUGUAUCCUAUCAUCACGUGGAGUCGAUCGAUUUUGUUGCUGCCUUGGCUACUAACUCAUGCACUCAAUACGAUACUCCCAAAAAUCCUUUCGGUCACCUUGGUGUUCGUCUUCUACAAGGCGAACAAAAUUUCAACUCUGUCGCUGCUCGAGUUCGUGGUGGUCGAAUCGAUUAAUCUUUCGAUAGCAUCUUACAACUGGUACGUAUUCUUUGAAUUUUACCUGAACUUGCGCGAAGUAGAACGACACCGAGUACUGCAAAGUGCUAGCGAUGAGAAAAUUAUCGAAGGUCCCGGCUCGCUAUCGCAAACUUAUUCGAGUAUCCCCGAUCUGCAAGAAAUAUUCCGCGAGACGUUCACCGGAUCGGACGAAUUUCGAGCGAUUCGUUCAGCUCGAUCUCUCACUUAUAUGAUAGAAAACGAUAGCCGUGAAUCGGAUGACAUUUCGUCGCCAACAUUGUCGUUCGCUGAAAAUUUAUCGCCCGCCGAGAGAUCGAUGAGAAUGCUGAAUCUCACGCCCGAUGACUUGGAGGACGCGAAAAAGGAUAAACAAUACGUCGUUGGCGCCAAACACUCCGACUCGUCCAUCAAAACUUACAAAGCUACGUGUUCGUGUUCGAGCUCCGACGACGACGACGACGACGACGACGACGCUACUUUUUUUCUCUCCAGAAAGUGGCAAAGUAAAAGGGAUCCUCCGAAUUCCGGCGGGAAUGUAUUGAUCGAGUCCCAGCCGAGCGUCGAAGUUCAUUCGCGAACGCGAGCGAACUACGAGCCGAGCGGUGCGCUGACACAAAGCAAACAAAUUGCAGCGAGCCUGAAACCAAAUUCGCUCGAUACCAUGUUCGAUGGCCAGUUUACGUCUCUCGUGCUGAGUCGCUCUCGUUCCAAUGCCCACGGACUGAACGGCAAUCUCUACUUCCUGCUGAGCAAGAAUAUCGAACUUGUGGAUCAAAUGUGUCGCGCAAUCAGCAACAAGAAUAAGACAGCGUCGAAGGAUAACAUGGAAAAGUGGCUGAUUUUCCAGCGUCAAUUGGAGUGCAAUUUGCAGCGCCACGUGUUAUCCAAAGAGUCGAGCGCUAGCUCCAGAAGGAAGCCGUCGUCAGCGAGUGAAAGCAGCGGAAUGGCUAAUCAGGCUUUACGAAAUAAAAUUAGAAACGGCGCGAUCAAAUUCAAGCAAGACUUCGAGCCUGCGAAAAAUCUCAACGACUCGAAACUCGCGUCCUAUUCCGCGUUCAAUAAAAUACUGUCGCGAAAGACUCGCGCGGGCCACGCGGAUGCGACACAGUGCGCGACAUCGAGGAAACCGAACGCUUUGGUUCUCAAAUCGAUUAAAUCCCUUGAUACGGACGCUUCUGAGAUUCCAGAGCUGUGGAAUUUGAAGAUUUACAAUGAUCUUACUCUCGAAGAAGACAGACGAGAAAUGGCCGAGAAAAAAAUUAAGAAAUCAAAAAUGGUUCGCUACGAGGCGAAAAACCAAGCUGAGGACGUUCGCUGCGACGUAGUGAAUAACGAACAGUGCCGAAGUGCCAAUUAUUCGAGUGAUUGUCUAAAACUUUCCAUCCGGAAACAAGCCAAUGCAGAGCGACCGAAAAUGUAUCGUCUUUCUCAAUGCCGAGCAAACGUAAAAGAACUCAUAAAGCAAAUCAAUUGGAACAUCAACAUGAGGGCGUUCGAGCGAUUGUCGCCGACCAAAGUCAAAGUACCUCAGCGAGCGAAGAAAGUCAGCGCCCGCGAGGAUUCCGAGCGAAUCGACACGUUCGAGGACGAAACCUUGAGCGAGCUCCAAAAUGCGUUUUCUCACAGCGACGACAACGCCCGCGGCUUCCAGCUGGGCCCGGAGACGAAUCAGCCGUAUCCCAUAUUCGAAAUCGUGGCGAUGACGCUGACGGAAAUCUUGAAAGCCAACGGCUGGCCUCGCAAUCCCGCCGCACUGGAGACUGAGCGCGAAGGCUUUCCCAUGAGCGAGGACGCGAUUUUCUGCGACAGCGACGUCGAGCCAGUCGGUCCUGCCCCCGACAGCGACGACAAAUGGGACGAAAUCGAGUGGAGAAAGGCCAGGUCCGCUUCCUUGGUGAGGCAACUGGAGGACCAGCUGCACGCGUCGCGCGAGGCUCUGCUGUCGGGGAUCGAGGCGCCCGCGAGCACUUCCGCGCGCGCCGCGCGUCCUCCCCGAGACGCCGCCCGUCGGCGUUACCGCGCGAGGCUGCAGUCGGCCGGCAUCGCUCGAACGAUCGCCGACUGGGCCGUCGAGGGCCUCGACGGCGCGGAUCCCGUCGAGUGGGCCUCGAAUUGGAAACGCGCCGCCGACAACGGCGAGAUGGAGGAGUUCCCGGCUAUGUGA